AUGGCUUCUCAGACGAACAGAGAUGGGAGUGUGGAACUCCCGGAUACACCAACUACAACCUCUGAAAUCACCACACGGAGUACCGUCAACGGUAACACUAUACCGAGCCGUGGUAGUGCGACGAGUAAUCGGCAGCCUACUCCAAUAACGUCAAGCCCCUCGACGGGAGUUACUCCAUCUCAAGCACCGAAGUCCGCCGGUGCUAUCGCAGGUGGCGUAUUGGGCGGUAUUUUUGCCUUGGCCAUAGUUACCGCCUUUGUUUUUCUGCUCUUGAAGAGGAGGAAUAAAAAGUUAAAAUAUGGUAAUUAUGGUCUGACGCCCUUUCACGAUAUAACGGCCCCCAACCUAGCACGCACGGAUAUAAAUUUAAAGGAACGAAAUAGGCAAGUACUUGGAGAGCAACUGGUGCCUCAGAGGUAUCCGGACAACGACCAGACUGAUGAUAUCGGAUUAAAUCGACCAGGAGACGAUACAAUCCAAGUCCUCCGUCAUCAGGUAUAUGUUGUAACGCAGAGAAUGGUGGCUUUAGAGGCGGGAUUGGCACCGCCGGACUACAAUUCUCAUUUAUAA